AUGGACUCUACGAAUCGUCUCAGUGCAAUCCAAUCCUUGUUGGUGGUCCAGCGAUGGAUUGGACUUCUGAAAUGGGAUAACGAGGAAGAAUAUGGCCUUUUGACCUGGCUAAAACGGAUUUAUCCCUUCGUAUUGCAUGUGCCACUGACUUUCACCUACAUAGCACUCAUGUGGUAUGAGGCCAUCACCUCAUCUGACUUCGAGGAAGCUGGUCAGGUUUUGUACAUGUCCAUAACCGAACUGGCAUUGGUCACUAAACUCCUGAAUAUUUGGUAUCGACGGAAUGAAGCAGCCAACCUCAUUAACGAAUUACAACACGAUCCUGCCUAUAAUCUUCGCAGUCCCGAGGAAAUCCAAUUCUGGCAGCGAAAUCAAAGGGAUUUUAAGAAGAUCUUCUAUAUCUACAUUGCUGGAAGUCUUUUUGUUGCGCUAAUGGGAUAUGUUAGUGUGUUCUUCCAGGAGGAAUACGAACUCCCCUUUGGAUACUAUGUGCCCUUCGAAUGGCGCACCAAGGAGCGAUAUUUUUACGCCUGGGGCUACAAUGUGGUGGCCAUGACUCUGUGUUGUCUAUCAAAUAUUCUGCUAGACACUCUCGGAUGCUACUUCAUGUUUCAGAUUGCCUCCCUCUUUAAGCUGAUGGGAAUGCGACUCCAGGCCUUGAAGAGUACUACCGAAGAGAAAGCCAAGCCGGAGCUGCGACGUAUAUUCCAACUUCAUGCCAAAGUUCGACAUUUGACAAGGGAAUGUGAAGUGCUAGUUUCGCCCUAUGUCCUUUCCCAGGUCGUUUUCAGUGCCUUCAUAAUCUGCUUCGGUGCCUAUCGACUAAUCCACAUGGGCUUCAAACAAAACCCUGGACUAUUCGUGACCACCGUGCAGUUUGUAGCCGUGAUGAUCGUUCAGAUUUUCCUGCCCUGCUAUUACGGCAAUGAGCUGACCUUCCAUGCCAAUGCUCUUACUAAUAGUGUCUUUGGCACCAAUUGGCUGGAGUACUCCGUGGGCACUCGAAAGCUGCUCAACUGCUACAUGGAAUUCCUCAAGAGGCCGGUGAAAGUGCGAGCUGGGGUGUUCUUUGAAAUUGGAUUGCCCAUCUUUGUGAAGACCAUCAACAACGCCUACAGUUUCUUCGCCCUGCUGCUGAAGAUAUCCAAGUAA